GACCCAACAUACCAACACACAGAACGUUUCCAGAGCUUGUCUGUCUCCCGAUAUGAUCCACGAAACUGAAGAAUCCGGCAGUGCGACCAUGUCAUCUGCAGAGGCAUUUGGUCAUUUUUUGCUGCCGCUGACAAUGAAUAAAGGUCACAUCGAGGCCAAGGAGGCUGAUUACGUGUUCAAAGUUAGAGGUGCCUUUCUUGACAUGAAGAAAGAGCGACCCGAGCGGCACGCCCUCAGGAAUCUCCUUGGUAUGCUGGCGUUCCGAACUGGUCAAUUGGAAGAAGCUUUCGAAUACUUGGACAAAAUUUUGUCCGAGGGAGAAGACCCUCAUAACCUGAACGCUCUUGCAAACCGUAAGUACAUGUGUGAGAGAUUAUUAAGAUACCCAGAGGCAAGGGACUGUGAGAGAAGGAUUGCUGCUCUUAUUAAGUAUGAUGGAACCGAAGGAUCUCAGAAAAGGAGCAAAAAGUUACGAGCACGCAGUCUGGCUGAACAAGCUUUUGCCUACUCUUUUGAACUUUUUUGGGAAUCGGUAUCAGUUGAACGGUAUUGUAAGUCGGUGGACUUGUACGAUCAGGCCAUUCGUCUUGCCGGACAUUUAAUAGACCAAAAUGAAGAAGAAGACUGGCUGUCAGUCAACGGAAUGGCCUGCCACAAAAUUUACAACAAAUGCAAAUACGAUAAAUCAAUGAAGGAUAAGGAGAAAACGUGGUUUGAGAAAGCUGUCCAGAACUUCGCGUCACUGGUCCGAAAAAGUCGAGACUGCAGUUUGGUGAGUGAGGGCUGGCGACAUCUCGGAGAACUCUUCGGACAGGUUAAAAAGUCACCUCAGCUUUUACCUUCAAUACCUCAAAAUAUGAGAAAAUACGUCUCCGAGCCAAGAAAGUGCUUCGAAGAAGCUAUGAAAAUCUCACCUCAAGAUGCAAGAAUUCUUGCUAGGUAUGCAGCUUUCCAUCAGCGAAACAGAAAUUAUACACAGGCUUUGUCAAUGGUCAACGAGUCUCUUGAAUGGGACAAAACUGAAUUCAACCAACAUGCGUAUUAUGUGAGAGCAACUAUUUGGCUUAACAAGUACAAGAAACAGCCAGCCUCUAACCUCCUCCAAAGAGCCGAACAAGAUUUGAGAACUGUUCUCAAAAAGUCGUCAACACCAUGGCAUUUUAAGUGCUUGGCUGAGGUACUUUAUUACAAAGCAAUGGACCAAAACAGUGAGUUGAAGCAGGAAAAUGAGAAACAGAUCAACCUGCAGCUGGCUCUGACAUACUGUGCCAAAGCCCUGAUCUGCCAAGAUGGUAAGAAUAGGGCAGAAAAUCACAAGCUGAGAGGUGAUUGUCUCUGUGAAAUGGGAGAGCACCAGGCGGCUUUAGGGUGCUACCGACGGGCCCUUGAGUGUGAAAUAGGUACUAACUCGGUCAUGGGGAGUGGCGGGAAUUCUUUAGUUACAGAGUUCCACCACAUCCUCAAGGACAACGCAACUCUCUCUGAAAACAAAAAAUUCCUCCGUCAUAUGGUCUACUGGCUUUACAAGGCAGCUGAGUUUUGUCUUUCCAAUGAUCUCAUCUUGUUGCCACUGAAAAAACUAAAAGACCUUGCAGGGCUUUGGGAGUCAUUUGCCCAGUUCUGUGACAGUAACAAAUACAACUCGUACCUAGAAAUCAUAGAGCUGGCAGCGACUGACAAGACGAGUCGACAACGACAGCAUGCUGCCUCUCGGAUGUACUCUGUUCCGGAAUUUCAAACCAGGGGCGACAAAGAAAAAUCUGUUCUACCAAAAAGACCCCAACGCUACUCUGAGUCACAAGGCUUGGAAGUUGAACGGACAGUGUUUGACACGUUCCAGUCUACAGAGGAGUUAGACAUGGAUGUUGGGGCAUUUGCAGGGCCAUCAGGGGAAAACGUUCUUGACAGCCCCGACAGAAGCGUCCGGACUGCGGCCAAAUCUUUGUCAGAGAUAGAUCGUACCACAACGCCGUCUCCUCCAACACCGUUACCAGGAGAUGGCUUUCAGCAGCAGGUUCGGGAUGCACCUGAAAAACCACUGAAUCAAAAGGGUCUGAUGUAUGACUUCUUUGUGAUUUACAGCAGCAAUGCGUCGGAAUGGGUAAAAUACUGCAUGUUGGAGGAACUUGAAGAAGACGGUUUUAAGGGAUGCAUUAAAGACCGUGACUUUAUCCUUGGCAAACCUAAGAAGAAAAACUACGUGAACAGCAUCCAAAAAAGUACCUGUACCAUCAUAGUCAUCACUGCAGACUUCCGUGAAGAUAAAGAUGCCCACGACGCUAUGUAUAUGGCUCUUGACAGCAGUCCCCUAGUGAUUCCUGUUCUACGUGAAGCCACAGGCAUGCCCCCAGAGCUUAAACACAUCGCUUACCUUGAUGCAACAGGUGUUGUAGACUGGGCUUUGUUAAAGAGAAGUAUCGAGCAACAGGUUAAACUUGAUGUUGCCUGGGAUGGUUGAUAGUUUUCAAUUCGAGUGAUGGUGAUCGGGCUGAGCCCAAUCGCUUGGUAUAUGAAUGGGUGCUUUCUCCUUGGUCGUAGUUUUCUGGACGACAUUUCUGGAAAUAUUAUUGCAGACUGUACAAAAUAUUAGACUGAAACUUCGCAUGAACAUCAACUCUGACAUCAAGAUGUGAAUACAAGAGAACACCAUUAGGUUUCAAGCAAGAAGCGAGUUUUUACCGCAAACUGUGACUAAAUUCGGUCAGCUAAAUUACAACUAAACUUUUUCUCGUCUCUCACAAAAAAACAAACAAAACAUGUUUCUUGUGGGAUGUGAUUAACCCUAACCCUCUGGGCGUAUGUCAAAUCACACUGAAAUCAGCGGAUUUGGGACUGUUACGUAUAGCUAUUCCUCAGCAGCAGUAUAUUUUCAAUUUUGACAAAAAUUGACCUUUACUUCUAAUAUUAAUGGAAGCUUGAAACUAGGUUAAUUUCGAAAGAGAGAAAUCUCACAUACUCUCUGAAUGCAAAAGUGUGAAAAACCCACUCUUAAAUGGGUGAUUUUCGUUAAAAGUAUUAUUAUUUUUGGGUCAUGAUUAUGAUUAUUAUCAUUAUUAUUCUAUUCAGAAAUCAAUCAACAAAUUGUACAUAUACGUAGAGAAAACCGGACACGGUUGAUUCAUUCUGGGAUAACCCAAGAAAGCCAAUUACACGGGCUUACUUCCAUCGGGGUCCCUUAAGUUUGGACAAAUUUACACUUGUACAUAACAAACAAAACAUGAAAAGCAAGUAAAUUACCAAUCCACUUAUCGACCACUAUUUCAUUAAUUACUGAUUAAAAUCACAUUCAAAUUUCCCUGCAUUACAAAAAUCAAAACAAUCAAAUGCAUUAAAAACAUUUGAUAUCACUCAUUCCCUUCCCAUUAAUCAAGAAUCAGUCUUAUUACAUAGAGACACUACAUUUCUGUAUUUCUCUAUUGAUUGGCAUUUUGUGAUAGAUAUGACUUUACUUGUUUUUUUAAACCCUGGAAGACUGGAGAUGCUUCUCAUAUUAGACGGCAGUGCAUUCUAGUCUUUAACAGCUGUAACAGAAAAUGAAUUUCUUCUAGAGUGAGUUGGAACAAUGAAAUUAAACAAACUUUGCCUUGUAUUGUAAGAGUAUCUAUCAGAAACACAGGUGAAAUUAUCACGCAUAUAUUUGGGAGCUAAGUUAUGGACCAUUUUAAAUACAUGAUUGAGGUUCAAUUGAGUCACCCGAUCCUGAACAUAAAGUAACCCCAGUCUGUCAAGUUUUCUCUGACCAAUAUGAGCCCUACGAUUUUUGUCCAGUAAUUUGUUCUUCAGUCUUACGGAUAAUGCAGAGUACCAUGAUGAACAUGAAUAAUCAAAGUGACAUUGAAUCAACGCAGAGCACAAAAAUUACGUGAUUUUUCAUUGAGAAAAUUGGCCUGUCUGUAUAAAAACUUCAGUCUGUCCCCAGCUUUCUUAAUAGUUGAAGUAGCAAUGCAUUCACCAGUUAAAACAGGGUCUAGAAUAACUCCUACAUAUUUAACAGAUGAAGAUAAUUAAACCAUUUCUCUAUUGCACUUUACUGCAAAUGAAUCUACUUUCUUCAAUUUGCCCUUAGACCCAAACAGAAUAGACUCUGUUUUGCCCAAAUGUAAAGAUAAUUUGUUGUCAAUGAGCCAUAGCACAACUGUUCCUACAUGUAUUUCAUGAGAGUUUUUGUCAGAAACCAAGAGAGCACUAUCAUCAGCAUAAAGUAGUAUGAAUACUCAUUGGCAUGUCAUUUACAUCACAUAAGAAUAGUAAAAAACACUCCAAAAGAGUGAAAACCACUCCAAAGAGUAAAAAUCACUCCCCAAGAAGUGUCCCUUAAAUGGUUACCUCAGUUUUGGAGUUACAUUCACUCUUUUUUAAUGGUUUUCACUCUUUUAGAGAGGUUUUCGGUUAUUCAGUUACUGUUUUGACAUUCUUUUAUGAGGGACUCACUCUUUGGAGACUGAGUUUCUCACUCCUUAGCAUUUAGAACUUAAGACAAACAUGUGCCUAUAGAUGUUCACAUUUUUAUGAAAUUCCCAUGACGUCACUGUAUAAUGAAUUACUUUUAAAUAGUGGUUAAAAGAAACGUUUUAACUCUAUCAUUUUAAAUUGCAUGAGAUAACACUUUUAAAUUUUAGGAUCUGGGAAACUUUGGCAACGUGUUUUGAUGCAGACACAAAAACUCUCUUGGCCUUUACUUCCAGGGCAAAAGGAAGUGGAAAAAAGUAAUUUUUCUUUAAUGAACAAUAUCCCUUUAAUGUUUUAAGGGGUUUGUCAAACUAUAAAAGGAAAGCUGACAUUUAUCACACAAAACGGUAUAGUGACUUGUGGCAUAUUAAAGCCUAGACUGGGCAUUAAGUAUGACGGCUUGUGUGAAGUUCAGCAACAAUGACCCCAUUGAACCAGGGAGUUGUUGCAGAAAGAAUUUCUAGAUGAUUUUUUGUUAGUUCGACCGGGUCAUUAAAUACACAUAUGAGGUGUUUUACAGGAAGUGGCACGAACUAGAUUGUCCACAAAGGGUUAGCAAACCAGAAGUCACUAUCACCCGAUCACUUCACAUCUGUAAAUAAAAGAACAUGAAUUUUUCAUGAAUGUAAGCCAAAGUUAAUGUCUAUGUAGCAAUUCCACUUAAAACAUGCUAGAAUAAGGAAUUGGCAAAAUAACUCAAAAUAAUGGAUGCGAUUUUUUAUGUUUGACUGACGGCACGAAAAAAUCACUCGAAUACCAGCAAUUGUCCAAGUGUAUUUAUCUGUUAUCACUGGUCAAUGGACUAAGACAUACAAAGCAUUCAUCCUGGCAAGUAAAUUUUCAACGGAACACAAAUGAUACCUGUGUCUUCCAGUGGUUUAUUCUAACCGCCACAAGCUGGCCAAAAACUUCUCUCUCCCUAACAUCAAACGAUCAUAACACUUGAAAAAAAGGAGAUUUUUCUUUACGGCUUUGGAAAGACAGUUUGGGUGUCGUAUGGAUGUUUUCGUAGACACUGUUGUUAGGUCUUUUUAUUUUGUUGAUCAGACCGUUCACUCAGAAAACUUUCAAGUCUAUAAUUUUCAUUUAAACAAACCAACUACAUUUAUGCUGUGUAUAUGUAAAGAGAGAAUACCAAAAUCUUUUUUCCUUAAAGGAUCCAAGAAACGAAUUUUUCUUAGGAGCACUUUUUAUGUAUCUCUGUACCCAUUUUCAAUAUAUGAAGACUGUUUGGCAUCUUUUAUAUUGUAAAAUAUUUCUAUUUCAUGGUCCCUUUAACUACAGGCCUACACGUAAUUUGUUAGGAAUAAAGCCAAACUUUACAAUACAUUUGAUAAUAUUUUA